UGGGAGGUUCGCUCCGGUCAUCCCUCUGCACCAAUCGUGGAGAGCCACAUGGGUGGGAAACUGCCAUAAAAGAAUGGCAUUCCCACGGCCAGAGCAGGAGGAAUGCUCUGCGUUCUCGCCCCAAGAGGGUCUGCAGGCUGCUGAGUGACCCACGAAGCUCAUGGAAAGGAUGGCUUACGUCCUGUGGCUGGCUUUGGCCUACUGCGUUCUGACUCUGGCAUCUACAGAGCAGCGAGGUUCCGGAAACCCCACCAACGCCCGUUCCUAUGAGAAGGACUUGGACUGUGGAUCCCUGGGCCCCUCAGAGACCCAGCUCUGUUUUGACCCCUGCCAGAAUUACACCCUCCUGGACGAACCUUUCCGAAGCAAGGAGAACACGGAGGAAGGGCAGAGCUGUGACAUGGACAAGCACGGCUGGUACCGCUUUGUGGGCAAUGGAGGAGUGAGGAUGCCGGAGGACUGCGUCCCUGUGUUCCGGUGCCAGACGGCUGCUCCCAUGUGGCUGGAAGGCACCCACCCCACCCUGGGGGAGGGCAUCAUCAACCGCACAGCCUGUGCCCACUGGAGCGGCAACUGCUGCCUCUGGAAGACUGACGUGCUGGUGAAGGCCUGCCCGGGCGAGUACCACGUGUACCGGUUGGAGGGCACCCCCUAUUGUGAUCUGGGAUACUGCACAGAUCCUGCCACUGUCACGCCCACGACCACGCCCUCGCCCACGACCACGCCCUCGCCCACGCCCACGCCCUCGCCCACAACUGCGCCCACGACCACGCCGGUGCCCACGACCACACCCUCGCCCCCCCCCACGCCUACGCCCCCGCCCCCGUGUGACAAGACCUGCCGCUCUGAGGAGGAGUGCCUUCUUGUCGAGGACACCUGGGACUGCUUCUGCAGAAAGGACCUCAACAUUUCUGAUGUCUACAGUUUGCAGCCUCAGCUGGACUGUGGGGCCAGCGAGAUGAAGGUGUCACUGGACAAGUGCGUGCUGGGAGGCCUGGGGUUUGAGGACGAGGUCAGUGCCUACCUGCAGGAUCGGACCUCGAACUGCAGCAGCACCAUGCAGAGAGAGGAGAGGAACUGGAUAUCCGUGACCAGCCCCACCCAGGCUGGGGCCUGCGGAAACGUUCUGGAGAGAAACCAAACCCACGCCAUCUACAAAAACACCCUCUCCGUGGUCAACGAUUUCAUCAUCAGAGACACCAUCCUGAGCAUCAGCUUCCAGUGUGCCUACCCGCUGGACAUGAAAGUCAGCCUCCAAACUGCCCUGCAGCCCAUUGUAAGUUCCCUGAACAUCAGUGUGGACGGGGAGGGAGAGUUCAUUGUCCAGAUGGCCCUCUUCCAAGACCAGAGCUACACGUCUCCUUAUGAAGGGUCAGCAGUCGUGCUGUCUGUUGAAUCCAUGCUCUAUGUGGGUGCCACCCUGGUGAGAGGGGACACCUCCCGGUUUAACCUGGUGUUGAGGAACUGCUAUGCCACGCCCACUGGAGACAAGAAUGACCCCGUGAGAUAUUUCAUCAUCCAAAACGGCUGCCCAAAUCAAUAUGAUGCCACGAUCAACGUGGAGGAGAAUGGGGUGUCUUCGGAAAGCCGGUUCUCAGUUCAGAUGUUCAUGUUUGCUGGAAAUUAUGACCUGGUUUUCCUGCACUGUGAAGUUUCUCUCUGUGAUUCCCUUAAAGAACAGUGUGAACCGUCUUGCUCAAGAAGUCAACGCCGCAGUGAAUUAGUGGCUAUCGACUCAGCCCAGGUUCUAGAUCUGGGACCCAUCACUCGGAGAGGUGCCAUCGUGGACGGAGCCCCCAGCACUGCAGGGUUCCUGGUGGCCUGGCCCAUGCUUCUCCUCCCUCUGCUCCUGGCUGGGCUCUUCUGAGAGCUCAGCUGGGCACCCGGCCCUGAAGCUCAUGUUCUUCCCUCUAAUGAUGGCUUCCAGUCACUUUUCAACUCUGCUGGAUCUCUCUCCAAUCAACGUAGAUGGUCUUGGUGUUAACAGACUCCAGGCCAGGCUAGGUCUGGGGGGAAAAAGAAGAGCUUUCCCUUGUUAGCAUUCUCAGUGCCUUUGCAUUCCUCCUUUUCUCAUGGUGGGGGCCCCCUGGCGCCUGGCCUGGCCUGGCUCAUUCAUUAGCAGGAUCUCGAAAGCAAAUUUGUUUGGUGCCUCUGUGGCUCCAGCCUUUACCAGAAGCAUAGCACCUGUUUAUAACGUCAGGGAAGAGGGGCCAAGUCAGCGGGGGGAGGGGGAGGGGGAGGGGAGGAGCUUGGAAAAGAGGUACCUCCCACGGCCUUCCCAAGCACCCCCUGCUCUGGCUGCUGCUGAAUUGAACAGGCUGACGUUUGCUUU